AAUAAAAAAAAGGGGCAAAAGAAAGAAGAAAACCCUGAGGUUUUAGAUUGGGGUUAUCUCGUCACCGCACCAGCUGCCGCAGCCGUAUCUAACCUAAUUAAUCAAUCAAUCAUCGGCCACAUCUUGUCAGAGAUGGUGAGCCAAAGGCAACGACUUGCUCGGAAACGAUUCAAAGAAGAACACCCCGAACUAUUCCCCAAAGUUGAACCCACUCCUCCUAAAGACCCACUCAAAAAGAAGACCAAGAACAAAUUCAAGCGCAAAAAGCCAGACUCAAAAGACAAACCCCGUUCAGGAAAACGCCCCCUUCGUGUUCCCGGUAUGAAACCCGGUGACACGUGUUUCAUUUGCAAGGGCAUAGAUCAUAUCGCAAAAUUCUGUACUCAAAAAGCCGAAUGGGAAAAGAAUAAGAUAUGUUUGCGGUGUCGACGACGCGGUCAUAGAGCUCAGAAUUGUCCUGAGGUUCAUGAUGGUUCUAAGGAUGUUAAGUAUUGUUAUAAUUGUGGUGAUACUGGUCAUUCUCUUGCUAAUUGUCAUCAACCUCUUCAAGAAGGAGGGACAAUGUUUGCUCAGUGUUUUGUUUGUAAUCAACAAGGGCAUUUGAGUAAAAAUUGUCCUCAAAAUGCUCAUGGCAUUUAUCCUAAGGGUGGUUGUUGUAAAAUCUGUGGUGGUGUGACACAUCUGGCAAGGGAUUGUCCUGAUAAAGGGCAGAAUGGAUCCGGUGCUGCUAAAGGGCCUGUUCACAACUUACUGCGAACCAAUGAGAGGCCCAUAGGCCAGGUUACGAAGUUUGUGAGCGGAGACGAUAUGGAGGAUGACUUCACGGCAGCACAAAUAAAAGACGACAAGAGCAAACCUUCAAAGUUGAAAGAUGACAAUGUAAAACCAAAGAAAGGUCCUAAAGUCGUGAACUUUGACUAAGUAGUUACUUCUUAGUGUUGUGUGGAUAUUUGUUUCCACUCUUCAUUUUAUUUGUUCUUCUAGUACCUCUAAGCCUACACUACACUCCUGCUAUUCAUUGGAAUCUGCUGAAUCUCAUCUAGAUUGAAAUCAAAUGCAACUUCUUCUGCAAACCCUGGGUUGUCUGAAAGUUUAGAGAAUUUUGACAUGGAAACUAAAUUAUCUUUUCUUGUUAAUCCUACUGUUCUUUCAAUGGGAGAAACUAAAUGUAACUAUUUUUUGGAUAUAGCUGCUAGUUUACUAUCUUUACUCUUA